GAGGAGCUGAGGGAGUUUAGGAGAUCAGAGGCAAAGCAGCAGUUGCCUCUCUUCUGGGAAACCAGAUGACCCUCUUCAAAGUGAUAAUGUAAACAGCUAUCUGGAAACUGGUGGAACCGUGGGAGUUUGAAGCAAAACGAAGAAAUCUCCAGCAGGAAAAGUGCAAAAUCCACCAACACUCCUCUGUCUGAGAAAACCGACAUCCCAUCGUCCGAAGGUUAUUCAUUCUCUACCCAGCACUUUUUUUUAAAGAUUCCAGAAGAAGAGUGAGAGGCCGUGCAGUGAAGGCACCAUGAGUCUGGUGGAGGUGAGGCAGACGGCGGGCUCUCUAACCCUGGCCUUGUCCAGCAACGACUCCAAGGAGCGUUACUUUGACCGCAUGGACGAGAACGACCCUGAGUAUCUUCGCAGCAAGAAUAUGUCCCCAGACCUGAGGCAGGACUUCAACAUGAUGGAGCAGAAGAAAAGGGUCACCCAGAUCCUCCAGAGCCCAGUGUUUAAAGAUGAGUUGGAAGGCCUCAUACAGGAUCAGAUGACAAAGGGCAACACCCCCACAGGUCUCCUGGCUUUGAGACAGAUUGCUGACCUGGUCAUGGCCAGCACAGUGGGAGGGGCUGGCCCCUUGACUUCACCCAUCAGCUUGGGGAUGGUGACCCCAGUCAAUGACUUGUACGGUAUUGAGUCUCCAUCCUUUGCCAAAGGAGAGAAACAGAGUCGCUGCAAGCUGGCCAGCCUUUACAGGCUUGUUGACCUCUUCAGCUGGGCUCGUUUUACAAGCUCCUACAUUACUGUUCGCGUCAGUAAAGAGCAGGACCAUCUUCUUAUUUGUCCUCGAGGUCUGUCUUUUUCUGAGGUUACAGCAGGGAUUUUGGUUAAGGUAAACAUUAUCGGCGACGUGGUGGACCAGGGUUGCACCGAUCUCUCUAUCGACCAUUUUGGCUUCGGUCCUCAUGCCGCCAUUUACUCCAUGCGCCCUGAUGUGAGAUGCAUUAUCCACAUCCAUACCCCCGCUACAGCUGCUGUGUCCUCGAUGAAAUGUGGAAUCCUGCCCAUUUCCCAGGAGGCUUUGCUUCUGGGAGACGUGAGUUGCUUUGGUUACCAUGGCAGCCUGGAUAAUAAAGAGGAGAAGGUGGAGUUUCAGAAAAACCUGGGCCCGACUGCCAAGGUGAUGAUCCUGAGGAAUCAUGGGCUUCUUGCGCUGGGAGAAACAGUGGAAGAAGCUUUUCACUAUGUCUAUCACUCACAGCAAGCCUGUGAAAUCCAGGUGAGUGCGAUGUCAUGCUCCGGCGGCGUGGACAACCUUGUACUUCUGGACAGAAUGAAGUUUAAACCCCUGACCCAGGGAGUGGCCGCUGCCGGUGUGGUGAUGGACAAUGAGGUCAAGUGGAAAGUGGGUGAGGCCGAGUUCGAGUCCCUAAUGAGGAUGCUAGACAACCUGGGAUACAGGACCGGCUACUCUUACAGGAACCCAAUUGUCCGUGAAAAGCCUCGCUCCAAGAACGACGUGGAGAUUCCUGCCACUGUGUCUGUUGUGCCGCCAGAGGACAGCGACCUGGGUCUGCGGAGUCCAUUCAAGUUUAUGGUGCAGAAACAGCAGCGAGAACGGACCCGGUGGCUUAACUCGCCCAACAGCUACUUAAGGGUCAAUGUUCCUGAACAUUCACCAAGUGGGGAUGUCAGUCCCAGAACUAAGACCAUGUGGAUGAAGUCUUCGGACCCAGGAAACGCCGUCGGAACCCCAAUAAAGAUCGAAGACCCCAACCAGUUUGUCCCACUCAAUACCGAUCCAGCUGAGGCUUUGGACAAGAGGAACCGGAUACGAGACCAGCACAGAGGGGACCAGAUGACUCCAGGACCAAAGUCUCAGUUACUGGCAGGCAUUGUUGUGGACACUGUACCAGGACCAGCUUUCAUUAUUGAAGAUGAAGAGCACUUACGCUCUCUUCCCCCCAACCCUUUCAAUGAGCUAACCGAGAAGGCGCUGGAGGAUUACAAGAACAUGGUGGAACGAAAACAGCAAGGCCAAGAAGAAGAGGAUGAUGCCACAGAUGCAGAUGAGAUGACCACAUUCGACGGCUCCACUAUCUCCCUCUCACUGUCUCCAAUAAUGACACCAGCUAAGCAAGACUCAGUGCCUAAUGGGAAAGACCACCUGACAGAGACAGAGGAGGAUCUGAGCAUCGAGGUAUCCAAAAUGAGCAUGAGCACAUCUGAGAGCAUGGAAAUCUCCAUAACAACAAAGGAGAAGACCGGGGAACCUCAGACCCCCGAGAGCCAAACGAAGUCCCCCAAGAAAAAGAAAAAGAAGUUCCGCACUCCUUCGUUCCUGAAAAAGAGCAAGAAAGAAAAAAAGGAUAAAGAGAAAGAAAAGGAAAAGGAAAUAGCUGAAGCUUGAACAUGUGGACUGACUGAAGAAAAAUCAAGUUACUGUUGAAAGUGGUUGAAGGGAAGUGAAAUAGAAGAAACAACUAUCCUUCAGUCAGACAACUUCCUUCAUUCGCAGCUUUUAUUUCACAUAAAAGGAACCCGGUAUGUGGCAGCAGAUGGUAAAAUGGAUGUUUUAAACCACUCCUUUAUGAUUCCAUAAAACAAAACCAAAUGAAAGAUGAUCAUAAAACUGCAUAUUAGUAGAUGUUACAGGUUUACCCAUAUUUUCAGUGGGCUUUCAAAAAACACACAUCAUAAGAAACACAGGCUUUGAGGUUCGUGAAUAUGUUUGAUUUGGACCUGUUAAGUAUUUCAGAUUUUUUUUUUUCUUUUUGCACAUGUUCAAUAUGAAUGUAAACUGAAAGCUAAAGAAAAUUGUUAAACAAUUUUAAGACUGAACCAUUUGCCAGUAGUGUGGACUGAGCAUAUAACAAUAAGACAUUUUGCCUUAUAAGAAGUACGAGUUGUAUCCAGACUUAUUCAUAGUUACACUAUUAUGUAAUAAUAUAUGUGGGUUUAUGAAAAUAUAGUGUUUAAUAGUUAUAAUGAAUUUGAUAGUCUUUAAUUACUUAUACUUUACAUACUAACUGUACUAAACAUGCUGUGACUGAUAAAUAAUACUUUAUGGUAUGUUUUUUCAUUUUUGUCAGCGGUAUUGUUCCCAUGGUUGCUGCUCAGUUGUAUUUGUGACAUGGAGUCGACUGAUGUUCAGAAAGAGCCAAGCAGUGAAAUGUUCCGUAGUGAAGGCUGUAAGUGAGAAGGUUCGACUUUUACAGAAUUGACGGAUAAUCGCUCCUCGUACAGAUUUGACACGACGCUGAAAGUGCCAAACUUGAAUCGCAGAAAGUCGUGGUGGAUGUUUUUGUCUUCAUAUAGCCGACGGCAAUACACAGUGGAAAGCUUUUCUCUGUUAGAGUGUGAUAUAAAACUAUUUUAGAGGACCAUAUAUUUACAUCCCAGUCUAUAAUGUGAACGACUUUGUUUUUCUUUUUUUUUUUUUUUUUUCAUUUUAUUUUAUUUUAUUUUGACCCAAAGGGAGUGAAAUGCUUGUAAAUAGUUUGUUUUUGUGAAGUUCUUUUGUUACACUAAACCAAAAUUAAGAUGUUAAAUGAAACAAAUGUGACAGUACAAUCUGAUAUCAUUAUUUUAGCUUUUUUUUUUUUUUCUUAUACAGUUUUUACUCAUUAAACUCCUUAUUUACUGAACACAUACAGCACAUUUUGUUUACAUAAUGUUAUGACUUACGUAAGUUUAGUGCCUAGUGCUUGGAUAUUCUCUGUUUACAUUGUUAUACGUAUGGCCUGUUUUUUCUUUAUUUUUUUUCUCUCUUUGGUUUUCCUUUAUAUACAGCCACCUUACAGUCCUUUGCCUUCCAGCUAAUGUAAUAAUAAACUUGGGAUAAUGUUUCCGUAA